UAGAAGAGUAGUAAAUAUAGGAGAAUCGAAGGGAGAGAUUAGAGAGAGACUAGAGAGAGAGAGCGAGAGGGAACAUUUCCCUAUAAAUAUCGAUCGACCGGUUUCGUCCCUGCAGAAGGCACUGUGGCCUGCAUUUGCAUUCACAUAGCAUUUUCUCUUCUCCGACACAUUUGCGUCAAUGGAAAGUGGAGGAAGCAAACGAAGACGUCGCCUAUUGUAUGCUUGUGGAGUUUCAGCCCUCACCAUUGCUCACAAAGCCUAUGGUAGAGCUGAGGAGGUUCAGGGGCCUACAGGCUUCCUUGCGAACAGCAUAGCUUCUCUUGCGGAACCAAUCGUCAGCCCAAUGGCGUCGCAGUGGCUAGCCAUCCUUUCCUUCGCCGACGACCAGAUACUCGCCGCAGAAGAAAAGGUGGAGGCGUUGAUCCCACCAUCAUCUCAUCUGUUCGACAAGAUCGAGUCUUUCGUCUGUAUCCCUGAUACCCUGCCUGGGAAGUUCGAUCGUGGGGUCGACAUCAUGAUCCGUUGUGUGCCUUUCUUAGAAUGGGUACUUACCUUUAUGAUUUGGGGAUUGAAUUUAUUCCUCUCUACUUUCAUGGCCUGGGUACCUGAUGAUUCUGCAAAAGAGAAAGAGAUCGUGGUCGACAUCAACUGCGAUGAGCGUGCAUGUGCAAAGGAUAACAAUGAGAAUCGGUUCGGCCCCAAAUCGGCCUUAAACCUCAAUUCUUCUCCUCUCGGUUUUUACCCAACUGAAGAAGAAGUUUUGAUCAACGAGUCUUUUCCUUCUCUUCCUGUUGCUGAGCAUGAAGAUGAGAUAAUCUUCAAACCAUCUUCAAUAGACAAAUCUCCUUCUCCUUCUGCUCCUGUUGCUAACGAUCAAGGUGGCGAGACCGUGAAACCAGUCAAGAUCAGCUACAAGGAAGUGCUUGAGAUGGGAAACAAUGGAGAUGCAGAAAAGAAAGUAGAUAUUACUGGAAAGGAGGAACCCCAGAAGCCUACGGUUGAGAAAGAGAAACCCACCGGAGCAUUUAACCCAAAAAAAAAAAAAACAACCGAGGCAGAGGUGGGAAGAGACGUCCCCAACCCGAAUGAGAUGAUCAUGAAGGAAUUCCCAAUUCUGGAGUUGUUUGAUGCAGGGUGGCACAUGAAACCCACCGCAAUAUGAGGUAGAUCAUGAAAUCCUCCAUAGAUAGCUUGAGAGUUUCCUGUCUGCGACCCCAAAUCGAAGAAAAAUUUCCCUUUUUUGCUUGUAAUCUUGUAUACCCCUGUAUUCCCUUCCCAUUUCGUCUCAGAUUCUGAAACGAAAUCCCAUGCAUGAAUCCUUUUUGAGUUUGUUUUUUUGUUAUCAAUCUUUUAUGAGGAUGUAAUUCAUAUUCUGUGAUUAUGUUCCAAAAGAUCAUUUAAGUUCGACA